AUGAAGUCGUGGUGCCGUGGUGGUGAUCAUCGCCGGAAUGUUGACUUAAUCAGCUCUUUGCCUAAUGCGAUCCUCCAACAUAUCCUCAUCUAUGUUCCGACGCAACUCGCCAUCUCAACUUCUGUCUUGUCAAGACGAUGGAGGCAUGUAUGGUCCGAUACACCUUCUCUUUCCUUUGAUGACGAUACUGGUACUUAUCGUAGGAGAGUAGUGCAUGCUGCUUGGAUAAACGAAACCCUAACUCGAUACACAGCUCCCAAGAUGAUCAAGUUUCAUCUCAAAACCAACAUGAUCAAUCCCACUGCUGCCGACGUCGACAGGUGGAUCCAGUUCUCCAUGCACCGCAGCGUGGAGAAUCUAUCCCUCAGUUUCGGUUUUGUUGAUGGUUACAAGAUUCCUGAUUUCUUCUACAUUAAUUCAUCUAUCAAGCAACUCAGCUUUCAGAUACUUUGUGUUAAUAUGAUUCCCAGACGAUGUUCUGUAUCUUGGACAUCCCUAGAGAAGUUGUCCUUGCGUAAUUGUAUCCUCUCUGAUGAAUCCAUUGCUAUGAUUCUAUGUGGUUGUCCGAUUCUUGAAAGCUUAGCAUUGUUUGACUGCCACAAACUUAAGGUUCUUGAUCUCAGCAAAUCGCUGCGCCUGACAACAUUAGAAGUAAUCAACGACAUUAGGUUUAGGGUGCCGGAGCCAAGCCACAUUGUGGCACCACAUAUACAUCAUCUUAGAUUGAGAUACUAUAAGUCACCAAUUUUUGUUGAUGUGUCAUCUUUAACUGAAGCUAACGUGGACGUUUCCGUUCACUCAUUGCAAGAGAUCUUGGAGUCUGAUUUUCUUCAAGCCAUUCUUAAAAUGCUAGAGAAGUUGCAAAAUGCUUACUUUUGGCUUUUAUCUAUUGCCGAGGUUUGUGGUGUAACUUUUCCGAUGUUGAAGAUAAAAGCUUUGACUCUUGAGACAGAGAUCUAUCAGUAUGCUAUUCCUGGUAUACAAAGACUUUUACAAAACUCUCUUGGUUUAAAGAUGGUGACAGUUCAUGCAAGGGGGCUCUACAAGUCAGUGGACAGUGAAUAUGACAACUACUUGGACUUGCAAGACUUCAAUCUGGAUCAACGUUGGAAACCAAAGGAUGGAGUCUUUUGGAACAGAUUUUCUUCGGGUUUAGACACAAAGCUCGUGGCUUCAUUUGUGGAACUUGUGCUUAAAAACGCAAUGACAAUAGACAAGAUGGUUCCACAGUUUUACCGAAGUUACCAUAAUUUUAAGUUUGAAGAAUUGGUUCAAACACUUCCUCAGAACAAUACUGUUUCCAUUAUUGUGCUCUCAACCAUGCAUAAUGGCACAUUAAUUAUAUGA